AGGAGAAGUAAAAACAGGGUGGUCAAUUCUGCAAACUGCCGUUUGUCAGUCGCUGAGCCUCGUGGGAAAACUUGUCCCCGCCCCCUUUUUGACGUGCCGAGUGUAAAACUCCCUGAAUAAUUUCCUGGCUGCUCAUUUUCAUACGAGCAGCCUCGGUGAGCAUCCUGGCUGAAUGACUGCAGCCCGUGGGCGUGAGAUUACCUCAAACCCACCCUCUUGGUUUCAGUUGUUCAGGCAGCCGCAGACAGCAUGUCGAGCCGAGCCGCGCAGCUGGAUUCAAAGAGAGGAGGUUCUUUGAGUCUUCUCAUUUUAGGUUUGAUGCUGAUCAUCAUGUUCUGCCCUCCUACCCAGGCGUCUACAGACAGUUGCAAAAAAUCAAGAAAAGUGUUUGUCAGUCCUCAGCCCUGUAGGCAGCAUCACCCAGACGGCGUCCGGGACUUGGACUGCUUUGGUCGCCACUACGAACUAACGUACAACUGUACGUGGAGGCCGGGGCGCAACGCAACUCACAACACGUACAUGCUAGUUGUUGCACAAGGAAACAAAAGGAACACGAUUUGUCAAAAUAUGACUAAUUUUCAUAAAACAUUCCGCCUAUACAAAGAUUCAAACGUGAGCGUGGAGAUUUUUGAGAACCCACAAUCCGACGACUGCACAAAAUCUGUUUUCCACGGUUCUCCAAAGAGCCUGUUGCGUUGUGACGCUCCGAUAAAUGUGACCUUCAGCCGCAGCUUUGGAGAGCUCAGCGUGGUCGUGACCUGGAAACAGGAGGACGCGAAGGUCAUCAACAAGUUCCAAAUCAGAUAUAAAGAUCUGGACAGUCCUUCCUGGAAUCAGACGCUUGUGGAGUCGCUCAGUGCAAACACGUGGAUCGUGAAGAACCUAAACGCCUCGCGGGUUUACGCCGUGCAGACACGAUGUGUCACCAAUGAGAAGUGCUCUCAGUGUCCGUGGAGCAGCGUUUACAUCGUCCCUGCGGAGCUCACCACGCAGCACGUCCUCGUCAGCAUCAACGACACGGACAUCCCUGAGGAACCGGGAAAGAGGCUGAUCUCAGGAGCCUUCCAGCAACACGACUGCCACCGCCUGACCGUCGUGAAGGUGUCGGGAGAGCUCCCACCCCAGGACUUGGACACCUGUCAGGCGGAUUUCCGCUUGAUCCUCUCGUAUUCGGCCUAUCAGAUCAAUAUUAGUGCGUUUAACAACGCGAGCAUCUCCACACCCGUGAGCCUCGUUGUUCCAGAGCGAGAGACCAUGCACGAUGAAGAUGUUGGGAAGCUGAACGUGACGGUCCACAACAGCACGGCGUUCUCCAUCCGCUGGAGGCCCGACAUCCUCAAAAUGUUCAUCUGCUAUUCAGUUGAGUGGAAGGGGAGGGGCCAAACGGCGCUCCACAGGUCCUUUUAUGAGGAUGUCAACAACUAUAAGACCUUCUCUCCUUUACCAGAGCCUUUGGAGCCAUACAGAAGAUACAGCAUCGUCCUGCACACCAGACCCGAUAAGGACACCUGCAACAUGAAGAAGGUCAACAACAGCGAGAGCACCUAUGGGAGGGCGUACGUUUACCUCCUGGAAGGCUCUCCGGUCGGGGCACCUGCGAACAUCAGCAGCCACAAUGUGACGCUGAAUUCGGCGGAGGUGCGGUGGUCGCCCAUCCCGGAGGAGCAGGUCAGAGGAUUUCUGCGUGGUUACGUCCUCCACCUCGUCUACAGCGACCAGAGAGGAGUCAAAACAGAGACCAACAUAACAGUGGAUCCAGACUUGAACAGCUACAAACUCCAGGGGCUCAAAGUCGACACCGUUUACCAGGUCCAAGUGUCCGGUUUCACCUCCGCCGGCGCAGGAGUCAGAAGUGCAACAAUCUUUUUUAAGACAGAUCAUGAAGGAUAUUUCCAUUCCAGAAGUUUCAUCACAGUUCUUGCAGUUGUCAUCACUGUUGCGGCCUUUGGAACUCCAAUACUAAAAAGAGCUAAAUCUAUGUUUUGGCCAAACAUACCAAACCCUGGAAACAGCAGCGCUGUGCAGAAAAUAGAAGGUUCCUGUCAGCUGGAACUUCUAGGGAUUCUUUCCACUCUGAAGGCUGAAGAAUGGGACACGGAGAGUCUCCAGAUUCUUGAAAACGACCCCCUGGUCCCCGCUUGCACGUUAGCCACGGUGCUGCCGCUCCUCGGUACCUUUGAGCUGGAGGGAGACCCACCAGACAUGACUUCCAAGUGGAGCCAGAAGGACUUAGACGGUGAUGCUGGAGCUCUCUCACCUGUUCUAGAGGCGGAUUCGGUUCUGGAGAAGCAGCGGGCCGACUGCCUGGGAUGUACUGUAGCUUUUACAAGUGACUACACCACCAUGGAAAUGUUCCAGCAGAUGAUGCCGCAGACUCCGGCACACGAAGUCAUACCUACAGGGAUGAAAACCAAGUCAGAAGAUUUCACGGUGGUCAGAACAAAAUUAGACUAUGUGCGGCAGUUUAGCACCAGUUCGACGUCAGACUGUCAACAGAUGUCCACGAUUUUUUGACGGAACAAACACUACAACCUUUAACGUGAUUCUUAUAGAAUCAAAGCCAAAUAACUUCAGCCAUGUGUUCAGGGAGAAAUACGAGCCUGAUUUAUGGACUGCAAAGCAUACAGACGAAGUAGAGGCUAUUGGUAAAUGUUCAUUUACCAGCGAUUUUUCAGAAAUAAUCACUGAAAACAAGAAAGAAGAAUGUAAAAUUUUACUCAAUGUGCACUCUCAUGGACUUUUUUUGUAAUGUGCUUCUCCACUAACUUCCUGUUUGUAGCAAUCUUCAUACUAAAUGAGGAAAGAGUUAAAACAUUAAACCUCACUCCAA